AUGCAGCGCUCCUAUGACCCCUUUGAAAUAGCCUCGCAGCCGGCGUCUCGUCUGGCCUUCUCGACCGACACAGACUUUGGCAUCGACACGCCUCGUCCGAUGCGAGUCAUCGUGAUUGGCUGUGGCGUCUCUGGAAUCUACGCCGGCAUUCGCCUUCCAAGAUCUAUUCCGAACCUCUCCUUGACCAUCUUUGAGAAGAACGCAGACAUCGGUGGAACGUGGUUUGAGAAUCGAUAUAUGGGAUGCGCCUGCGACAUUCCUGCACACCUCUACGCCUUCCAGUUUGCGCCGAAUCCCGACUGGAGCAGCUUCUAUGCGCCUGCGAGCGAGAUUCGCAAGUACUGGGCCUCGGUCGCCGAGAAGUACGACGUGCUCAAGUACGUCCAGCUGGAGAGGAAAGUCAUCGGCAUGUACUGGGAGCGGGACCAGGAGGGCAUGUGGUCCGUCGAUGUCGAGGAAGUCGGGACGGGCAACAGGACAACGAGCUUGGCCAACGUCGUCUUGAGCUGCACCGGCGGGCUCAACGAGUGGAAGUGGCCCGACGUGAAAGGACUGAACGACUUUGGGGGGAAGCUGGUGCACUCGGCCAACUGGGAUGAUGGCUACGACUUCGAGGGUAAAAAGGUAGCCUUGAUCGGCGGAGGAAGCACGGGAAUCCAGAUCUUGCCUCGAUUGCAAAAGAUUGCAAAGCAAGUCGACCAAUACGUUCGAGGGCCCACUUGGAUCGGUUUUCCUUUCCUGGGCGAAGAGCUUGACGAUCCAUUCACGGACGAGGAACGGCUGCGAUUCAUCUCAGACCCGGCUGAGCACCUGCGCUAUCGGCAAAGGCUGAUGGGCACCCUCAACUCGAUGCAUACCUUUACCAUCAGCGGGUCGAAGAUGCAGACCGAGGGACAGGCCCUCUUUGCAAAGAACAUGGAGGAAAAGCUCGCCGCCUCAAAGAACGGUGACAUUAUCAAACAGCUGAAGCCCUCCUUUCCGGCGGGCUGCCGAAGGCUGACACCGGGACCGGGCUAUCUCGAGGCCCUGACAAAGGACAAUGUGGGCUUUGUGGGAGGCGGUAUUGGCGAGAUUGUCAAGGACGGAAUUGUCGAUGGCAAGGGCACGAAACGCAGCUACGAUGCCAUCGUUUGCGCAACUGGCUUCAACACAUCCUUCACCCCUCGCUUUCCGAUCGUGGCCAGGGGCGUCAGCCUCGGCGACAAAUUUCGCGAUUUUCCCCGUGCCUACUGCUCGGUCAGUGUCGAUGCGAUGCCCAACUACUUUAUGUCCAUGGGUCCCAACAGCGCCGUCGGGUCAGGCGAUCUCAUCAUUGUGAUCCAGACGGCCGUCGACUAUGCGGUCCAAUGCAUCGCCAAGCUUCAGUCAGAGAAUUACAAAUCCAUGUCGCCUCAGGGUCGGGCCGUUGACGAGUGGCAGGAGUACAGCCAGAGCUACUUCCGAAAGACGGUCUUUGGACAGAAGUGCCGAUCGUGGUACAAGGCUGGAAACGUCGAUGGACCAAUUUAUGCGCUUUGGCCCGGCUCUUGCUUGCAUGCGGCCAAGACGCUUCGAAAUCCCAGAUGGGAAGACUACGAAUACGAACAAUUCCCGGGACGGAGCAGCACGAAUCGCUUCGCUUACCUCGGCAACGGAUUCACAGACGCUGAAAUGAAGGGACACGACACGGCGUGGUAUGUCGGUGCCGAUCCCGAGCUGGUUCUGAGCGUCGGCCAGACCGAAGCGGCCCUCAUUAGGAGGGCCAAGAGCCAGCUCACGAACGGCAAAUAG